AAGAAGAUGGCCAGCACGGGUGACAUUUGGUUGCAGUGGUUUUCCUGCUGUUUCCAUCAGCCUCAAAGUCCCCGGCGUCGAAGGCACCAUCAACGGUUGCGGAUCGAUCGAUCGAUGAUAGGCAAUCCGACCAACUUUGUACACACCGGUCACAUUGGCUCGAAUGAUGUUGAGCUAACCACGAACCACCUUUCUGCCUUACAGAAUCAGAUGCAAAGUAAAGGUGGAUACGAGAUGAAUUCACUAAGGUUACAGGUUUGUAGCGACCGCAUGUAG